AUGGGCUCUAUGGUAUCGUUGCCAAUAUCUUCGCUUUGGCAGAAGAAGGAAUAUCGAAUACUUAUUGCUGGACCGUUUUAUUCCGGAAAGACUACAAUUCUGUUCUCACAGCUGAAAAACUACGGUCCUAUUGAAACGGUGCCCACAGUAGCAUUUAAUGUCGAGUCAUUGACACAUGGAGGCAUGAACUUCGUUUGUUGGGAUAUAGGAGGAAGGCACACGUUGCGUCCGGAGUGGGGCGUCUAUAUCGCCCAGACCAACGCGAUCAUAUUUGUCGUCGACUCCACGGAUAUUAGACUAGAUGACGCUGCCAAUGAACUCACGAACUUGCUUAAUUUGGAAUGUAUGCGUCAGCUUAGCGAUGCUCCUCUUCUUGUGUUCGCCAACAAACAGGAUUUAAAGGGAGCAAAGAGCCCGGUGGAGAUAGCAGAGGCGUUACAUUUGAGAGAACUAGGGGAUCGAAUAUGGAAUAUUGCUCCUUGCUCCGCUACUGAUGGCGUAGGUAUUUCUGGGGGCAUGGAUUGGUUAGUGCAAGCUCUGAAAUCCCAAAGGAAAUCCCAAAGGGCAUAA